AUGGCAGCAACUAUUUCAAAUAUUGUGUUUCCUGGACAAUUCAACCCAAAGACUGAUAAGUGGUGUGAUUAUAAGGAACAGUUAAUGUGCGCGCUCGACGCGGCGGGCGUCGGUGAGGAUAACCUCAAUAGGGGCCGAUCACUGUUCCUUUCUCAAUGUGGAAAAGACACUUUUGCAUUAAUUGCAUCGCUUUUAGUUCCAAAAAGGCCUACAGAAGUACCUUUAGUGGAAAUUUUGAGGGUUCUAGAUAGGUUUUUCGAACCAGAAGUUAACGAAAUUCUACAGGCGGGAAAAUUUCACAAACGACAACAGUUACAGGGAGAAAGUGUACAGGACUAUGUGGCGGCCAUCAGCCAGCUCGGAGCUAAGUGCAAUUUUAUAGACUUGGAACGCCAGUUGAGAGACCGACUAGUGCUGGGGGUGCGGGAUGAUCGCUUACGACGCGACUUAUUGAAAAAGAAGAAAAUAACUUAUGAAGUUGCACUACAAACAUGUCUGGACUAUCAAGUGACAUUCCCUGAUUUGUACCCUGCCAGUACGUCUAGCGAAUCAAAGCAAACUCCGUUAAACGUCACCGAUUGUGAACCUAUGGACAUUGGCAUUGUAAAAUCUAAUGAAUGUCGACGGUGUACACGCGGUCAUAAGCCAGGCGAACGUUGUCCAUUUUGGAAAGCAAAAUGUUUCUAUUGUAAGAAGUUUGGACACAUCGCGGCGGCAUGUGAUAAAAAACUGGGCCGCAUGCACCAGGUUAACGAGACGGGGAAAUGUAGCAGAAGUGGUGAUACGGCAGUAGAGGAAAUGAUGGGGAUCUAUGUUUGUACUGAUAAUUAUACACCACCAAUAACGGCAGAGGUCAUAAUAGACGGUGUAAAAUUAUUAAUGGAAGUAGACUCGGGGGCAUCACGGACCAUUAUGUCGGAGGAGACAUAUAAGAAGCUCUGGUCGACACCUCCACCGUUAAGAGCCACUACUUUGAAGUUGGUGACGUGGACUAGAGACCCAAUAAAAGUGUUGGGAGUAGCAAAUGUGCGGGUUAUAUUAGCGAACAAGGAAGCACAGUGUGAACUUGUAGUAGUGUCAGGAAAUGGUCCAAAUCUGUUAGGCAGGAAUUGGUUCCAAACACUAGGACUUCAAGUGUCUGGUUUGUGCUGGUCGGAAGAGGAUAUAAUACUUUAUAAAAGGGAAUUUCCUGAAUUAUUUAAAGAAGGAUUGGGGGAGUACAAGGGCCCUAAAGUAUCGUUACACUUACGGAAAGACGCCACGCCGCGUUUCUUAAAGGCUCGCGCGGUACCAUACCCACUCAAACAGAAAGUGAUUGAAGAACUGAAUAAGAUGGUAAUAGAGGGCGUGCUAACACCUAUUCGAUAUUCGAAGUGGGCAACACCAUUGACACCAGUGAUGAAAGAUGACGGGACAAUACGGAUGUGUGGCGAUUAUCGUGUGACAGUAAACACCGCGAUAGAUACAGACACGUACCCCCUUCCAACAGCAAAUGAAGCGUUUGUAAGGUUGAGUGGGGGUAGAAUAUUCAGUAAAUUAGAUUUAAAGCAAGCGUAUACACAGCUAAAAGUUGAUGAUGCGACUGCAAUGCUGUUAACACUCAACACUCCAAUUGGUUUAAUGAGAAUGAACCGUUUACCGUUCGGUGUCAAUGCGGCGCCAGCUGUUUUUCAACGCCUGAUGUCAACGGCGCUUGCAGGUAUGGAGGGCGUCGCCUGUUUAUUGGACGAUGUGGCGGUAACGGGAUCCACCAUUGAAGAACACAAUCACAGACUUAGAGAAGUGCUAAGUAAAUUGCAAGAAAUGGGAUUUCGAUUGAAUGAAAAAAAGUGUGUUUUUGCGGCGAACAGCAUUACGUUCUUAGGCCACAUGAUUGAUGCGAAAGGCCUCCACCCGGCACCUACGAAGGUAAAGGAAAUUCAAGAAAAACCGGCUCCAACUAACAAAGAGACGUUGCGAGCCUUUUUGGGCUUAUACAAUUUCUAUGAGAAAUUUUUACCUGAUAAGAGCACUAUAUUAGAGCCAUUAUAUAGACUAUUAGAAUCAAAGAGACCCUGGAGCUGGGGAGAGAAAGAACAGAAAGCUUUCAAUGAGGCAAAACGUUUAUUGUCAUCGGAUCUCACAUUGGUGGAAUAUGAUUUACAAAAAGAAUUGCUUCUCAUCUGUGAUUCUUCAGAAUAUGGAGUAGGAGCGAUUAUUGCCCAUGUGAUGAAAGACGGAUCUGAAAGACCUGUAAUGAUGGCCUCGCGCACAUUGCAAGCUCAUGAGAGACGAUACGGGCAAAUUGAUAAGGAGGCACUAGCAAUUAUAUUUGGAUUGACCAAAUUUCACGAAUUUUUAGCAGGUCGUAAAUUUUGUAUAGUUACAGAUCACAAGCCACUGGUAGGGUUAUUCAAUCCUUCAAAGCCUAUACCUGAACAGAUUUCGCCUAGAAUGUUACGUUGGUCACUUAAACUCGCUUGCUAUGACUAUAAACUAAAGUACAGACCUGGGAAAUUAAUUGGCAACGCGGAUGCUUUAAGCAGAUGGACCGCUACGGAUACAUCCAGUGUAAAGAAGGAAGUGUCUGGUGAUCUGCUUCUGUUAGAAGAGCAGUUGAGCGGAUGGCAGCUAAAUGCUGGCAAAAUUGCUGAAGAAACUAAAAAGGAUAUGGUGCUGCAAAAAGUAAUGUUCCAUGUUUUACACGGCUGGCCACGCAAGAAUACAGAUUCAAGUUUACAAGCUUAUUGGUCAAGAAGAGAAGCUCUUUCACAUAAUAAUGACUGUUUAUUGUGGUGUAACAGAGUAAUAAUACCGGCAUCCUUGCAGGAAAAGGUUUUGAAGUUGUUACAUGCUCCACACGCGGGCAUGGUCCAGACGAAAGCGUAUGCAAGAGGCUAUGUAUGGUGGGUAGACAUGGAUCGUCAAAUUGAGAAUAUUGUAGCCGCCUGCCAACAGUGCCAAUUAGUAAGAAAUAAACCACCAAAGGACCCUCAAUCUUGGAUUGUUUCAGAGAAACCCUGGAGUCGUGUACAUGUGGACUUUGCUGGACCCUUCCAGGGGAAAACAUUUUUAGUUCUAGUAGAUAGCUAUAGCAAAUGGUUUGAAGCCGAAAUAGUACCAACGAUGAAUAGCGGGACAGUGAUAACGGUGCUAAGGAAAAUUUUUACUUCACAAGGACUGCCUGACGUACUAGUUUCAGAUAAUGGACGCGCAUUUACCUCGGAAGAAUUCAAUAAUUUCUUAAAAAAGAAUGGAAUUAAACAUUUGUAUUCCCCACCUUACCACCCAGAAACGAAUGGGCAGAUAGAACGUGCAAUUCAAACAUUUAAAAAUAAAAUGAAGAAACUUGAAAGCCAGAAUAUACAAUGGCAACAAAAAUUGUGUAAAGUUUUAUAUUAUUUAAGGACAGUUCCUAAUAGUUCCACUAACAAAACACCAGCGGAACUACUCAAUGGGCGGAGAUAUAGAACGGCAGUGUCAGUCUUACACCCUGAUUCGAUGCCUAGCCGUACUGACCAGCAACGUGAAGUGGCGGCACAGCACCGGCCCACCCGUACCUUUGCAGUGAAUCAACCAGUACUGAUACACAUGUACGGGCCAGGAGAAAAGUGGCGCAGAGCCACUGUGGAAACAAUAGAGGGGCCAACGACUUACAGGGUGAAAACGGAAGAUGGAGAGUUACAUCGCCGCCAUACUGACCAAAUCUUGGCCAGACCAUCAGACAUGACAUGUCGCCCAUCUGAGUUAGACAGUCAACUCAUGAAGGAUUCAGAUUCAGAAUUGACACCGGAUUCCCCCAUAUUGAUUCCACCGCCUGAUUUAUGGCCAGAUAUUAUAGGAAUACCUAAUUAG